AUAGAUACUCAUUUGGCAGAUCAGUUUGGAGUUUGAGCCAGACUAAGAUAGUGAGGCAGGCAGGGAAUCUGGUUACAGCUAUAUUACAGAUGGAAUGCUUUUGAUAAUGAACAAUCUAUGAACUUUAGAAAGCAAAUGGGGCUGGCAAUAUCAUUUUACAGGAGAGAGAGUUCUGAAAGUCCAAAUAUUACUUAGAAUUGAGCAAAAAAACAUUAAUAAAGGAAGCUGUUAGGAAACUUUGAAUUGUUGGAAUUAAUUUAUGGAAAAAUAAACCAGAAAGGAGGGUUUUUAAGGGUUGAAUGAAACUGACUUUUUUGCGAGUAAGGGCAAACAGACAGACCCGGCUGAAUGCUCGGAUUGGAAAAAUGAAAAGGAGGAAGCAAGACGAAGGACAGGUAUGUCCCCUCUGCAGCCAGCCUCUCUCAGGAUCCGAGGAGGAGAGGAGUGGGCAUGUCGAACAAUGCCUUGCAAAGAGAGAAGGGUCAUGCAUGAUGGAGGAUGACCCUGUUGACAUUGAGAACGAGAACGGUAAUCGCUUUGAGGAAUAUGAAUGGUGUGGGCAGAAGAGAAUACGUGCUACCACCCUCCUGGAAGGGGGGUUUAGAGGAUCUGGGUUUGUCAUGUGCAGUGGCAAGGAGAAUCCAGACAGUGAUGCUGACCUUGAUGUGGAUGGUGAUGACACAUUGGAAUAUGGAAAACCACAAUACACUGAAGCAGAUAUCAUUCCAUGCACUGGAGAAGAACCAGGUGAAGCCAAAGAGAGAGAGGCACUCCGAGGUGCAGUCCUAAAUGGUGGCACUCCUAGUACCCGAAUAACACCAGAAUUCUCUAAAUGGGCAAGUGAUGAAAUGCCAUCAACAAGUAACGGGGAGGGUAGUAAGCAAGAGCCUGCGCAAAAGACUUGCAAGAACAGUGACAUAGAGAAGAUUACAGAAGACUCUGCAGUGACAACAUUUGAGGCGCUAAAGGCUCGCGUUCGUGAAUUAGAAAGGCAGCUCUCCCGUGGGGACCGCUAUAAAUGUCUCAUUUGCAUGGACUCUUAUACAAUGCCCCUGACCUCCAUCCAGUGCUGGCAUGUGCACUGUGAGGAAUGCUGGCUGCGGACUCUGGGUGCCAAGAAGUUGUGCCCUCAGUGCAAUACCAUCACCUCACCAGGGGACCUCAGGCGCAUUUACUUAUGAAAAAGAUGGCUGCUGAGAUGCUUGAACUAUGGGGACAAGGGAAAAGGAGUGGCAGCAACACAGACACUUGAAGUUAAGGACUCCAAAAGUGGACUAGAGGCUAAGGGAGCUGCACGAUGCCUCUGCUUCCAAACCUGUCACUGGUGCUGCCCACUCCACAAGAAGGCCAAACCAGAAUCCUUAUUGUGAUUUGUUUUUCCUUUUUUACAAACUGCUGUUCCACGUCUGCCCCAUUUCUCCAAGAGUUGGGGUUCUGUCGUGGACAACGCGCAAGACCUUUCAGGGAAGCAUGAGAAGGUGCUGGAUCUUCCACUGCAGGAAAUGUCCGAGCCUGUAAUCUGCAGUCUCCUUCCCACCCUCUUUUUAUUUGUGGUGUUCUAGUGGAUUUUUUUAAUAAAAGAAAAAACUUAUACCUUCACAUCCACAAAGGCAGAAUGAAGCACAUGUAAUAUAGACUAUAUGUUUACAAUGUUGUGUAUAAAUGGGAUAGACUCCAACGUUACAUACUAAUGUUUUCCUUUUUAUUUUUUCCGGGGCAGGGGGUGACUUUUUUAAAAAAAAAGAAGAAGAGAAAAAAUAAGCAGAGAACAUUAAACCCAUAUUUUUCUUGGUUCUGCAGAGUUUUUGCAUUAAAGUCAUUAGUUUAAAAAAAUUAUAUAAAUAUAUAUUAUACAUAUAUAUAAUAUAAAUGGUUUAAUGUUCUGUGGUGUAUAUUUCCUCAUUCAGAUAUGAAAUUAACAAUUCGUAGUUUCGGCCAUAACUUACAUGACUUCUGGGGAAAAUAGAAAAAAACAGGUUUUCCUUCAUUUGUUACAGUUAAAUGGGCUAUUUAUAUAAAAUACUUCCUUCACUGAAACCCUUUUCCAUUUUUUCACUUGGGAAAACAAAUGUGCAAGCUUACCCCAUUGCCUGUGAGAAAAGUCAUAGCAGGUGUCAGUAGACUUUUCAGGCAAUAAACAUUCUUACGCAGCCCUCUAUGGCACAGGCACCAAAGUAUUUUUUUUUAAAAAAAACAUGUCUGAAAUCUUGUAAAGUUUUGGCAAUCAUAUGAUGUUUCAGCCAUGUUUUAAUUUUUGGGUCUAGGGGUGCCAUCUGGGAGUGUUGCAACUGCCUUAGUAACAAUGGACAUCAUUAGUGGUAAACUCUGAUAGGCACUUACACGAAGCAGAAAACAGUAGUCUUUGUCUAUUACAGAUGGAAUUGUUAGCGUAGCUGUGUUCAGGCCAAUUAGUCUUGUGAAAGCUAAAGCUAUCUUUUGUCCAAAUGUAAUUGUAUUCAUCAACCUGCAAGCUUAUAAGGAUUAAAUUUGAACAGGGCCCCAAAAUAAAUGCAGAAAAACACGCAACGUUCUAUCAUACCUGUGGCAGAAUCUUUAGCAUUCUGCUUUGACAAGUUCCCAGGUCCUGCUACUGGCAGUCUGUUCUACUCUGGAAUAUUUUUCUUAACACCUGUUUCAUCUAAUUUUCAGAUGUUCAUGUUUCAUUUUGAAAAGGAAAUAGGUAUGUGCCAGUUUUGCUUCCUUCUUUUGUCACUUCUGCUUGGACUCUGGUAAUGGUGGAAUGUAAUCUGGGUUUGUUCAAAAUCAGAUUAAUUUAGAUUCCAUUCAUUUCCUCAGAAUUCCUUACAGAAACAUUUUCUUAGCCCUUUGUUCUGCAUUUUGAAAAUAACCCUGUGAGCCACUACCUGCCUUACUUUUAAAAAAACCUUACAGUUUUUGCAUGCACCGCCAAACAUGCCAUUUUGUAGUCCAUUCAGGGAACACUUUACAAAGUUGUUAUAAAUUCUGAGAGGAAGUUAUCAGCCUGCUUGAUGCUGACAGGCAAAUAAGCCUAUAAAUCACUAUUUAAACUGGGGUUACAGCGUGAAAAUUAAUGGAACUAUGGCCCUGGGUCUACUAAAUAACUUUUUUGCUUUUUUCAUUAAUUCCAUCUUAUACUAUAUUUGUGGAUUUAAGCCUCAGAAGGACAUGAUUGCACUAAAACAUCUGGCUAGAUUAUCAUGCUUACUGGGAACACCUUUGGCAUGAUACUGAUUAGACCACAAGAUUUUUUUCCCAGUCCAGGAUUCUUUAUUCCUAUUGAGUCAAACUGAGUAUGCACUGAAUGCAAGUUGAAGACAUCUGUUGUCAGUCAGCCUCUUAUGACACAGUUUCAUCCCCAUAUACAUAACAAUUGUCUUAUGGAGAAUUAUAUUUUAUCCUUAGGUAAUUCUGAGCUCCAGAAUACCCAAAACUAUCUGAACCAGUGUGUCUCUGUCAAAAACGAUGUAACAGUUAAGCAACAUAUUGAAGGCUGAUUUGUAGCUCAUAUUAGUUGUUGGAGGUGGGUAGGAAGGGGGGGGGGCAAUUGGUUCAAGCAAAUAUUGAUCUGGCAUCCUAAAGGUGCAACAAGUUUACAAGAGCCAUAAAGCAUCUCAAAUACUAUUUGUUUGGGCGCAAGAUUCCACAACUGUAUAGCACUUAUACCUUCCUAAAUCUAUUGUAAUGGGGAUGAUACCAUGUGUCGCUCAAAAACCUGCUUGCCCAAUACAAUCAAACAGUCUUUGGUGGGACAUUAAGUGCAGGGUUACUCUUCUCCCUGAUCUGUUAGACAAUAAACUGAAAAAGUUCAUCCUUGAUGUUCCAGCAAGUUGGCACUGGGAAUAAAGAGCUUUUUCUGGUCCUGUGGACUAAUUCUAAGCCAAAUGAAUAUAUGUAAAACCACAUAUAACUAUUAGCAUUUAUUUUUAAACCUAAAUCUGACCCUACAUUUUUAUUUCUUGAGGAGUAAGGAGAGCAGUGAAACAUGUUAAGACAGAUGCAAAAAACCUAACUCGUUAAUUUCCUUCUCUGGAGAAGGUACAUUUUGCAGAACUCUAGGUGCUCCCUUCUUUCCCUCAAUGAGCUUGAAAAUAAAUGAACUGUCUUUGCCCAAAGAUUCCCAGCUGCACAAGGUGGUAUUAAAGUUGUGUCAAUGAUUGUGUGUCGAUGUAUAUUCUAUAAAAAGGUACUUGUCAUUCCCGUUUGUAAACUACAUUGACAUUAAUUAAAUGAAUAUAAAAGCU